AUGCAAGACCCCAAGCAGGAAAUCACCGGCGUCAUCACCGACCUCACCAGUGCGACGUCCGCUCCAGCGCUUGAGCGCACCAUCAACACCUAUUUCACGCCUGAUGCCCGCUUUCUCCAUCCGCUCUGCCAGACUACCACCCGCGCAGGCAUUUUGGGGGUAUACGAAUGGUACCGCAUCAUGAGUCCUAACACUAAAGCAGAGGUGUUGAGCGUCGUAUACGACAAGGAGCUUAACGUCAUCAUCUUGGAGAUCGUUCAGCAGUUCCGGAUCUGGUUCAGCAUCUUCCCCUCUGCCCCAGCCCGACUCAACACGCGCCUUACUCUCCGCGAAGUCAAAGGACUAUACUAUAUUGCCCAGCAAGAGGACUUCUACCAUGCAACUGAUAUGAUGGCGUUGCUCAUGGCACCCCUCGUUCCCAUUGUCCGUUUGAUACUGGCAUUCGCAGGUUGGGUGUGUGGCGUCAACGCUCUGCUAUUCACGUGA